GAAGGUAUGUUGUGAUGGCCAAUACCGCCCCACUGGUGAUGCGUUUGGUCGGGAGUUCGAUUAAGAUUGCACAUCGAGCCGGCCACAUUAUCCGCGAUGUAAUGUGCCGUGGUGAUCUGGGAAUUGUCGAAAAGGGCAAGGAUGACCUACAAACUGAAGCUGAUCGUUCGGCUCAGCGCUGCAUCGUAGCGUCACUGUCGAAGCAGUUCCCGAAUGUGACCAUCAUAGGCGAAGAAGGACCGAGCGAUCUAAAUGUACCGGAAGACUGGUUGAUCACAGAAAGUAAUGCGGAUUUUUUGGAAAAACACAAAUGUCCCGACACAUUCGCCGACCUGAAGGAGUCGGAUGUGGUGAUUUGGGUUGAUCCACUGGACGGGACCAGCGAAUACACGCAAGGAUUUCUAGAGCGUGUCACUGUGCUAAUCGGCAUCGCGAUCAAUGAUCGAGCUGUCGGUGGUGUGAUACAUCAACCUUACUACAAAGCAGAGUCGGGUGACAUCGGUCGCACUAUCUGGGGUUUGAAAGGAUGCGGCACGGGCGGCAUCGUUCCAGUCAAACCACCUUCGGACAGGUUUUUAGUGACAACGACGCGUUCACAUUCCAACGGUAUCGUGCAAUCCGCGCUCGAUGCACUGGCACCAGAUGAAAUCUUGCGUGUCGGCGGUGCCGGUUACAAGGUACUGCAGUUGCUAGAAGGCAAAGCUCAUGCUUAUGUUUUUGCAAGUGCCGGUUGUAAGAAAUGGGACACCUGCGCACCAGAAGCCGUACUAGAAGCCAACGGUGGAACGCUCACGGAUAUGUUGGGUCGUCAUUAUCGUUAUGGCAAGGAUGCAAGCUUCCCGAACAGUAGUGGAGUUCUGGGCACCGUUGCUGGAGUGUCGCAUGAUGACAUUCUUUCAAAAAUUCCGGAUACAGUCAAACAGGCUAUGAACACGGCUUAGACUAGUUCUGCUGGGAAUAUUGAUAUGAACAUAGUUUUAUUUGUUAGUGAAACAUGGAAAACUUUGAACCA